AUCCUGGGCACCCCUGAUGGCUGGGACAAGGUGCUGGCCCUCGUCCCGGAGGAGCACCGUGAGCUGCUGCAGAGCGAGUUCCCCAAGAAGAGGGACUCGGUGCAGCGCUGGGAGCUGCUGAAGGGCAAGAUGGAGCGAACGCGCCGUGCUUCGCAGACUGCCCCGAGCGCCCCGUGCUUUGCAGACUGGGAGAUCAUGCUGCAGUACUGCUUCCCCCGCCUCGACAUCAACGUCAGCAAAGGUGUUGGGCACCUGCUGAAGAGCCCCUUCAGCGUCCACCCCAAAACAGGUCGCAUUUCGGUGCCACUGGAUCUGCAGAGGCUGGACCAGUUUGACCCAUUCACUGUCCCCACCAUCAGCUCCCUGUGCCACGAGCUG